AAAAAAUGUGUGACAGACGUCUCUAAUCCUAUUGGUUUCAUUCUUCAUUCAUUUCACCUAUCAAUUGGGUUUUUUGUUAUGAUUCAUUGUGUUUCCAAUUACUCAUACUGUGUGUUAGUGUUAUAGUCUCAGACGUCGAUUUAACGUCUCGCUCGAGUUUUGUGAAUAUAUAAGUGCUACUUUUGAUAAUCAGGAUGUCUUUGUAUCCGUCGUUAGAAGAUAUGAAGGUGGAUAGCAUGGCGAGGGCUCAAAUGGCCCAGCAUCAUGCGGCACCACCUAUGUACAGCCUGCCACCAACCGCCCCUGUGCCCAGCGCCCCUUCCGCUCAUGUUUAUCCAGCGCUGGGGGACUAUAUGGGCCUUGAAUUGUCUAGUGAUGUUAUUGCUUUGAAUAUGCCUGAAUAUCAACUGCAAACCGUUCAGCCACGCGGAACUGUGAGUAACCUGAUAGCACCUUUGUCGUCUCAAUCAACAACCUUAGCUAAGGCUACGGUGACUGGAGCUAUAAGACCAGUUGUAUUGUGUAAAGACAAAGAUGGAAAGUGUGGUUUGAGGCUACACUCGGUCAACAAUGGAAUAUUUGUGUGCUAUGUUGCUGCCAACAGUCCCGCUGCAAUGGCUGGACUCAGAUUUGGAGAUCAGAUAUUGGAGAUUAACAACAUAGCACUAGCUGGAAUGACAAUGGACCAAUGCCAUGCAAUACUGAAGAAAUCUCCUACUAACGGAAUCUCUAUGGCUGUUCGUGAUAGACCAUUUGAGAGGACAAUAACUCUUCACAAAGAUUCUCUUGGCCAUGUUGGUUUCCAGUUCAAAGAUGGCAGGAUAGUUGGUCUUGUGAAGGAUUCAUCUGCAGCCCGCAAUGGGUUAUUGACUGAUCACCAGUUACUGGAGAUCAAUACUGUUAAUGUAGUGGGCAUGAAAGAUAAGGAAAUAUCUAGAGUGAUUGAAGCCAGCCCAUCAGUGGUAAACGUCACAAUCAUACCCUGCUACAUAUAUCAGCACAUGAUAAGCAAAAUGUCGUCGUCGUUAUUCAAGGAAUUGGAUCGCAAUCCCGCUGUGUAAUAAAAAGAUCUAUCAAAUUGUUAAUAUACGCAAAGUCCCCAACUGCCGUGCAUUUAGUAGAAAAUUUUUAAACAAAUUAUACAAACAUUAAUAUAAUUGUUACUUGAAGUCUGAUUCUGCACAUUAUCAGGACUUUGUCGAUUAUUGUUACCUUUGGAUCUAAAGUCUUUAGCUUUACGUGUCUCACAUAUUAGUUAUUUUAAGGUAUUUUACUGAAGUACACAAAUUGGCACAGUUUUUGAAUAUGUAGUUGCAAUAAUUUUAUAUGACUUCGUAAUGUAAGUGUUCCAUCAAUUGAUUAGAUUUAUGUUUAUGUUAAGUGUAAUAUCGUUAUUUGUAGUGCUUGUAUUAGUCAGUAAGGGCUGUGAAGUGAUGCCAAUGUGGUUUGAUAGAAGUGUAACUAACAGACUGGUGUGCCGUGUGUCGCUGCUAACACGGUGCUUCUCUAUGGAAAUAUAUGGCAAGUAUACAGUGGGCAGUAGCUGAAGGUGUGUUCGUAAUAUUUUUUCCUAUACAUUAUAAUUAUUAUUAUCAAAUAUCAAUUUUAUUUAGAUCAAUCAAAUACUGUUUUUAGAUUCCCUCCUUUAAUGUGAUGAUAUAUAACGAUUUAACUCCAAUAGGAUAACUGGCUACAUUCCUGUUUUGCCCAACUACACUCAUUUUCAUAAUAUAGACGUAUUACGUAUUUAGUUGUAAACAAUUAAACAUACUCGAUGUUAGCAAGUGUUGAAUAAAAUUCAUGAGAUUAAUUAUAUUUUGGUUUAAUAUUAUUUUAGUUAUUACGCGGCCAUAGAAUUUAUUUUAUUAUCCAUAGGUAAAAUUGUUU